AUGUCUGCCCACCCCUUCCUCACCAGCCAAGCUGCGUACCUCCCCCAGGCUAGCGCUGCGGUGUACUCCCACAGCCGUCAUGGUUCUACCACUUCCCUUGACUCCAUGUCAUCGGGCACCACCACCUCUACCACCUACACACACCACUCUUCUUCCUCGCAAUCCCCCAUCAACCGCGACUGUCUUCUUUGGAUGCAGCGCGAGUCUACGAGGUGCCACGUGUUUGGCUCUGUUGCGAACAGAGGCCGAGGACUGAGCAGAGAGCAGAGAGCAGAGAGCAGGAAGAGGGAAGAGGAGCAGAGGCUCAUGCAAGAAGAGGAAAUGGCUUUGAAGAAGAGCGAGAAGAGAAGGGGGAGGUGGUUCUAG